UUGUGACAAGCGCGGCGGGAGAGAGGACGGAGCUCUUCUCUUCUCUUCUUUUUCUUCUUUUUUCUUGUGAUUCGUGGCUCGAUUUUGCCAGCAUGAGCGGCCUCAGCAACGGCGUGAUUGUGGAUAUUACCAAUGGGGCUCACCCAGAAGAUCCCAUUGUGCAGAUCUUGUCCAUGAAACGGAUGCCUAAUGGUGCCCAGGAGCGCUUUCGCAUCUUGCUCUCCGAUGGCAAGUGGUCAAGCAGCUUUGCCAUGUUGGCCACGCAGCUCAAUAGCAAAGUGGCAAGUGGAGAGAUUGCAAACAACUGCGUCAUCAAAAUGAACAGAUAUGUUUGCAACACGGUUCAGAACAACAAGAAGGUUUUGAUCAUUCUGGACCUGACUGUAGUGCGAACAGCUGAGGAAGUUGGAGGCAAGAUUGGAGAACCAGUAGUGUUUGACCCCAAUAAGAAUCCGCAACAGGAGGCAGCUCCCGCACCAAGAACAACACCUUUAGCUGCCCAAACUGGUGAUGCACCCCAACGCAAUCCUUUAGCCCAGCGCAACGUUCCAAACACAAGCGCUUCGCCGGCUCGAACUCCCGCUGGGGGUAAUGUUCACCCCAUCAGCUUGCUUACACCUUAUCAAAACAAGUGGACCAUCCGUGCUCGUGUCACCCACAAGUCUGACCUGCGCACUUGGUCAAAUUCUCGUGGUGAAGGAAAGCUCUUCUCAAUGGACCUGUUGGACGAGUCUGGAGAAAUCAGGGCUACUGCUUUCAAUGAACAGGUGGACAAGUUCAUGGAUAUGAUCGAGGUUAACAAAGUGUAUUUCAUCUCUGGAUGCACUCUCAAAACCGCCAACAAACAGUACUCCACCCUCAAUAACGAUUAUGAGAUGACUUUCAACAAGAUGACAGAGGUCACUCCCUGUCAUGAAGCAAGUGACAUUCCUACCAUGCAGUUCAACUUUGUCCCUCUGGAUCAGCUGGAGUCUCUGGAGAAAGACACCAUCAUUGAUGUUAUUGGUGUUUGCAAGGAAGCUAUGGAUGUAACCUCUAUUACGUCAAAGGCCAGUGGCAAAGAACUUAGGAAGAGAGACGUUCAGGUGGUUGAUGAUACAAACAGAGAGGUACGUCUUACCCUUUGGGGACGCCAGGCAGAGAACUUUGACGGAUCGCAGCAACCUGUGUUGGCUGUGAAGGGCGCAAAAUUGUCCGAUUUCAAUGGGCGUUCUUUGUCUUUGAUGUCAUCAUCAACACUGCAGAUCAACCCAGAUAUCCGUGAAGCCCACAAAUUGAAGGGAUGGUUUGAUAAUGGAGGCAACACAGCAGAGACAGUCAACCUUUCCAAUCAGCGUGGUGGUGGUUCAGCAGGUAUGGGCUCCAACUUCAAGACCUUUGGUGAGGCCAAGCUGGAGAACUUGGGUAGCGGAGAUCAAGCCGAUUAUUACACCACGAAGGCUUCUGUUGUGUUGAUACGCAAGGAGAACUGCCUCUAUUCAGCGUGCCCCUCAGAUGGUUGCAACAAGAAGGUGGUCGACAUGAACAAUGGUCUUUACAGAUGUGAAAAGUGUAACCGUGAAUAUGACAGCUUCAACUGGCGGCUGAUGUUGUCUGCCAACCUUGCUGAUAUAUCGGACAAUCAAUGGGUCACAGUUUUCCAAGAUCAGGCUGAGAUGCUCCUUGGAACCACCAGCUCAGAAUUAGGCUUCAUGAGAGAGAAUAACCCAGACAACUUCCAAAACAUCUUCACGGAAGCAGCUUUCAAGAACUUUUCCUUCAAGCUUCGUGUCAAAAUGGAGACUUACAAUGAUGAGAGCAGACUGAAGACAACAGUAGUAGCCUGCAGCCCUCUUGAGCCAAGAGAGUACAACCGUCGCCUUAUCUCAGAAAUUAAACAGAUGUCAGGACAGUCCUAAUUUUUCUUUUUCUCCACUUCAAAUAUUUUAAGUCGUUAAUUUUGAGAAGGAAUAAAUAAUGAACCUGACUUCUUUGAGUUCUAGGAUAUCUUUUUGUGGAGGAAGAGUAUUAAAUAUGUUAAAAAGGAGUUAUGUACCUGGUAUUUUCUGUCUUACUUUUGGUACUUAGCUUAAUAAAAAAAAAAACAAGUUUUACUGUGAAAAUGUCCAGUGAAUAAUAAGAAGUAUAACCAUAUGUAAUUAACUUUGAAUAAAUGAUCUUAUUUGAUAUUUAGAUAAGAAGUUAAGUAUCAAUAUUAUAUUUAAUCUUUGGUUCUUGAUUUCUUUAUAUACAUGAUCCAGUUGAUAUUUGUAUAUGUAUAUUAUCAUUACUAUAUGUAUAGGCUUUUGAUAACCAAAAACAUUGUAUUUUAUUAUUUUUUAUUAUGGUUAUUAUUUUUAUACCUUGGGCUAUGGAACUUUACAAUCCACAUUUUUUAUGUAGAUGAAUAUAUGUGUAUGUUUAUUUUGUUUUUUAUUCCCUUAUACUUUUGAAAUCAAGGAGUUCAUUGCAAUUUGUGAUUGUUUUAUCCCACCUGUUUACACCAUUCCUGGAGUUUUAGGGAUUUUUUUCACUUUUACCAUCUUUAUUAACAAUACUAUUAUUAUUACAAAGUUAGUAACAAUGAUAAUAGUAAUACAAAAAGAUUUUUUUCUUUCUGAAAAUGCAAGGAAUGGAGUUAAUAGGUUGUUAGGUAUAUCUACCAUUUAUCUCAUUUUGUAAAAUAGAAAGAAAAAUGGAUAGAACCGAACCAAAAUGGACAAAGCAUGUAUACAUCAACAAGUUAAACAUGACUGAUAAUUUGUUCAUUUAUUCGUAUCUUAUACUGAAGAAUGUCAAUAUGAAUAGUGAAUUGAUGUUUAGUCCAUUAUAUUAAAAAAAGAAGAAAAAAAGCAUACAUUCAAGUACAACAGUUUUACUUGUGUAGCAAAAGUUUUUUUUAUUAUAAAGCCUAUAGUUUACUCCUGAAUUUACAGAUUGUUAGUUCUUAUUGUAUAUUAGAUUGUAAAAGAUUUAUCUGUAAUUGGACUGGCUUCAUAUUUGGUAAUAAAGUAUAUAAUCUAAAGGA